CAUAAUCACAAAUCACAUGUGUACAUAGGCAUUCAUUUAUCCAUAUGUAUAAAUGCUAGAUUAAUUUAUUACAUUGCAACAUCCAAAUGUCUGUACCUGUGGUAACAAUGGAGGCCGAAAAAGAGAAAACGGCAGAAGAAAUUCUAAAUGAAGGAACUAUAUGUGAGGGUGGCUGCAGCAACAAAGAAGAUUGCUGCAUGAAACAUAUAUACACACUGAUAAAGAAGCACGCAAAGGAGUGGAAGGAGAUCGAGGAGAUGAGCUUCGCCGACACACCGCUGCACAGAGCGGCGAAGGCGGGGAACACGGAGGUGGCCAUGGAGAUCUUGAACCUGAUGCCGUCGCUGGGCAGGAAGCUCAACAAGGAGGGGCUGAGCCCCCUCCACCUGGCCUUGGAAGGGGCGCACCGAAACACGGCGCAGGUGAUGGCGAGAUCCAACAAGCAGCUGGUGCGGGUGAAGGGCAAGAAGGGUAUGACUCCAUUGAUGCAAUGCGCAACCAGAGCCGACCGCGAAAAGGGGAUAAAAGAUCUGGAGCUUCUUGCAAGGCUCUUGGUUGCAUGCCCGGAGUCGGUCGCCGACGUCAACAACAACCACCAGACUGUUGUUCACGUGGCGCUGGAGAGCAUCGUCGGUGCGACACUGUGUGCGUGCUGGUGGAUUGGCUGAGGAGGAGGGAUCAGAUUGCGUCGGUUCUCUCCGUCAAGGAUAUCAACGGCAACACGGCCCUUCACGCUGCUGCUCAAUUUGGCUGUGAUAAUGGGGCGAAAAAGAUAGUCGGUCUGGUUAAAUUAAACAGACUGAAUUCUGAGAAGAGGACCGCUCUGGACCUUGCCAUAAUACAUAAUCAAAAUUUGGUGAAGCAAACUUUAGAAGAAAAUGGAGCCAAGAGACGUGAUGAAAUUUUCCUCCCUGAAACAACAACAAACUACGUGCUGAGUGAAGCAGGUUACUUCGAAGCAGUCUCCCGAGCCUACUACUAUCUAACCCGAGAACUCACACUCGAGAUGCGCAACGCCAUCUUAGUGGUGGCCACGCUCAUCGUGGCCGCCACCUAUCAGGCGGUGCUGCAGCCCCCCGGCGGACUUUAUCCUCCUCCCCAGGAGGAAAAAAAUAUUGGCAACACUCUUCUCGGCAGCCGCCGCCACCAGACAAGAUUUUACUCAGCGCCCGCAUCUGCGGAAACCAUGGCGGGGCGGAUGGUGAUGGAGAACGACCACUACCGGUCUUUCAUGCCGGCGAACUCGUUCGCGUUCGCGCUGUCAGCCGUGAUCGUGAUAUUCGUGGUCCCGGGCUCGCCAGUAUUCUUGAUCCUCCACCUCUGCCUGGUGUUCAUGUGCCUCAGCUACCUUCUGGCUCUGAGCGCCAUAUCCAAUUACUCGGGCAUCUCCGACAUGAUCUUCGUGAUGGCCCUCUACGCCAUCGUCGGGGCCUACGUCACGAAGCUCCUGUAUUAUCCGGUGAGGGCGCUCUUCAUCGACGAGGAUUGGUGGCUGCGGCACCUCAGCGUCAAAUUUGCUAACUACUCCAGCAGAGCCAAGCCUAAAGGUAACGCGGCGGCCGCCAUGGGGAUAGCACAUAAGAUGAAGAAGCAGCACAUGGUGUUAGGUCUUGAAUGAAUUUCAUGAUAUGUAUUUUUUUUUUUGCCAUUUGAGAAUAAGCGAGUGGGCCUUGAUGCUUGGGUUUUAAUUAUUCAUGUAACUAGUGUGUGUGUGUUUUUCUUUUUGGGAUGGGGUCAUGUAUUUGAUGUGUUGAUGAAAUUAGAUGUUUAAUUUGGUAAUGUAAUAAAUGGAUUGUGGUUAUAUCUAGUUAUCUUUAGG